GGAAAUGCGCGUGCGCGGGAAGGGGGAAGCUUCUCCCAUGGAACGUUGGCCCAGAUUUAUUACACAAAGGAUGGGACGGGAGCUGCGGCUGUUGCAGUAAAGUGACUAAGGAAGGAAGUGGACUACAGGAUCAGACACUGCUGGGACAGAGGACAUAGAAUCCUUUACAUUCGAUAUCCAGGUGUCCGACUAGGUUUCCACAGCAGCUGGUGGGACUUACAAUUCGACUGCAACAUGGAUCAGCUCCCAUACCUAGAGAACCUGUUUAACCUGGAGAUGAAGGACAAGAGAAUGGAUCAGAUUUCUGGGAGGAUCCUAAAUCUCACAAUGGAGAUACUUUGCCUCCUGACAGGAGAGGAAUACAUUGUGGUGAAGAAACUUAGUGACCAAAUCAGUGGUGUAUCAGAAGAAUUCACUCUGGAGCCUACACCUCAUUCCUAUGAUCGGGACAAUGACAAAAAGAUCCUGGAACUUGCCAACACGAUCGUUCAGCUGCUGACUGGAGAGGUCCCCCUGAAGUGUGGUGAUAUUGCGGUCUACUUCACUACGGAUGAGUGGGAGUACUACAAAGAACACGAAGAACUAUACGCUGACAAGGUGAUUGUAUCUGCAAGGUCUCUCAGACUACAGCGUCGGACUUCUCGCAGGGAUACAGGACCAGAACCCCCCAAAGUUAAAAGAAAGGGGAAAAGAAAAUAUGUCAGGAGAAAGGUCAAGGAAUCUACUCAGCACGAUGAGGGAAAUGGAAGAGAUGCAUGCAAAGAGGAAGAAUAUACCGCAGACAAUAUGGCGUGUAACCCGGCAAAUAGUGAUACUGAUGAAAGUUUUGACGGCUUGUUCGCAGUUAAAUGUAAAGAGUGUGGUAAAAGAUGUCAAAACAAGGCUGCUUAUAUAUCUCACCUAAAGGCACAUACCAGGGUGUACAGCUGUAAUAUCUGUGGUAGUUUUUUCGCCGAAAAGGUGUUUCUUCUUCAACACCAAAAAAACCACAUUGAAGCUAGGCCGUACUGUUGCCCCGAGUGCGGGAAGCGCUUUGCCCGAUUAAUCAACCUUGAAACCCAUCGGAGGAUUCACAGUGGGGAGAAGCCAUUUUGUUGCUCUGAAUGUGGUAAAGGUUUCACUUGUUCUUCAAAUCUUGUUAAACACCAGAGGAUUCACACGGGGGAAAAACCAUUUACUUGUUCGGAGUGUGGAAAGUCCUUCGUGAAAAGCUCGCACCUCUCUAGGCACAAGAGGAUUCACACCGGCGAGAAACCGUAUACUUGCCUCGACUGUGGUAAACGCUUCACCAAUAAAGAAAAUCUGGUCACACACAAGAGGUUUCACACAGGCGAGAAGCCAUUUCCCUGCGCGGAAUGUGGCAAAAGUUUCAAAUUUAAAUCGCACCUCAUUGUACACCAGAGGACGCAUACCGGAGAGAAGCCAUUUGCAUGCUCAAUCUGUGGGAGGCGCUUUGUAGAACGUUCGCACCUCAUGAAACACGAACGCAGCCACACCGGAGAAAAGCCGUAUAAGUGUAAGCACUGCGACAAAGCUUUUGGCCGCAGCUCACACUGCGUCAACCACGAAAAGACGCACAUACGGGAGAAAAAAUUUCCAUGUCCAGAUUGCGGCAAACGCUUCGGGCUGAAGAGCCAACUAAACCGGCACUGGAAAACUCAUUAAUGAAAUUAUAUGUGUACAAGCUGACCUGACAGGAAAUAAUACAUCUGGCAUCAUUCUGAAAUUUUGACUAGCUAGAAAUGUAAAUUGACUUUCCUCUGCGAUGAUUGGUUAUGAUUGGCAAAUUAAGGGGUACAUUUAUCAAUGAGUUUUAACUAUUUAAAACUU